CUGCAUCAAAGAAUCACAGCAAGCAAAUCCUACCCCAAGCCUUGGAAAAUUUUGGUGAAAGGUAUCAUAAGGAAGAACUCCACAAUUUCAUCCCCCUCAAUUGAGUGGUCUUAGUACUAAAAGUAUACCACCUAAUGUUCUACCAGUUAAAUUCUUAUAUAGGCCAUACAAAGUCUGAAUUCUGUGAUAUCCUUCUGUUUUACCUGUCUUCAUUCAUUGAUGUGUGUGCACAGUUAAACUAAGCUUACAGCAAAGCAGAAAAACUGGCUGCUACAUGGGAAAUACACUGAAAAUAUACAAUACUGUAAAAUAUGCUUUAAGGCUAAAACUUCACAACAGCUUCAAGUCCCCAUUUCACUGCAAUAUCUUUGGGCUAAAUAUACUGUUUAUUCUUCAUUGCCUUAUCUUUUGACAUAGGUCAAAAAGCUUUGCCCUAAUGAUCCUGAUGCUAGCAAGAAACUAAAGGAAUGUGAGAAAGCAGUGAUGAAAUUAAAAUUUGAAGAAGCAAUUUCUGUGCCCGAGUCAGAGAGGCGGUCAGUGGCUGAUUCCAUUGAUUUCCAUACCAUAGAGGUGGAGCCACAAUACACUGGGGCAAGGAUAGAGGGGGAUGUUGUUACUUUGGAUUUUGUUAAGAAAAUGAUGGAGGAUUUCAAGAAUCAAAAGUAUUUACACAAAAGAUAUGCAUUCCAGAUUGUCUUACAAACAAGAGAGUUGUUGCAAGCCCUGCCUUCUCUUGUUGAUAUUAAUGUUCCUAAUGGCAGUCGCUUUACUGUUUGUGGAGAUGUACAUGGUCAGUUCUAUGAUCUGCUAAAUAUUUUUGAGCUUAAUGGGCUGCCCUCGGAAGAGAAUCCAUACCUGUUCAAUGGUGACUUUGUAGAUAGGGGAUCCUUUUCUCUGGAGGUCAUCCUCACGUUGUUUGCAUUCAAGUGCAUGUCCCCAUCAGCUAUCUAUCUUGCUAGAGGAAAUCAUGAGAGCAAGAGUAUGAACAAGAUAUAUGGUUUUGAGGGUGAGGUUAGGUCGAAGCUGAGCGAAACAUUUGUAGAACUCUUUGCAGAAGUAUUCUGUUGUCUACCAUUGGCUCAUGUAAUAAAUGAGAAGGUUUUUGUAGUUCAUGGUGGUCUUUUCAGUGUUGAUGGGGUGAAACUGUCUGAUAUCCGAGCAAUUGAUCGAUUUUGUGAGCCUCCUGAAGAAGGACUAAUGUGUGAAUUGCUAUGGAGUGAUCCACAACCUUCCCUGGGAAGGGGUCCUAGUAAGCGAGGAGUUGGUCUUUCCUUUGGUGCAGAUAUUUAGUUGUUCGGUCUCAUGAAGUAAAAGAUGAAGGUUAUGAGAUUGAGCAUGGUGGUAAAUUAUUACUGUAUUUUCUGCACCAAAUUAUUGUGAUCAGAUGGGCAACAAGGGUGCUUUCAUUCGUUUUGAAGCUCCUGAUUUGAAGCCAAACAUUGUUACAUUCUCGGCAGUGCCUCAUCAUGAUGUCAAGCCAAUGGCAUAUGCAAACAACUUUCUUCGGUUGUUCCAAUAACUUACAUAUUUGUCUUGAAUGAUCUAUCUUCUAUGGUUUGGGGGACACAAAAGCUCAACUGCUGAACAGUAAGUUGCUUGAGAUAGAGAAAUAGUGCUUGUUGCCAAUGCUGCUUUGACUAAUAGUUUUUCCUUUCAAGGAAUCCCUUGGAGGUACAUUCUUUCUACUACUUUUCGUUAGUUAGGAAGUUCAGGCAUUUCAUCCAUUGUUGAAAUUUUCCUUUGAUGUCAAUCAGAAAGGAACCUGAUGGUGCCUUGUAAAAUGUAUGACCCCUUUUUAUUUUUGUGUCUAUAACAUUUGUUCCUUUUUAUCCGAACAAUAAAUUUGGUGUGUUUCUAUGUUUGUUUUCAUUUUGUUUUUGUGUAUGGAAAUUUGCCUUCUGAAAGUCAGUUGGCUGAUUGGGAUUUUGCUGUUUCUCAGCAUUCAGCGGUGCCACAAGGGAUAUUGGUGUGCUUUUCUUUCCUAAUCAUACUACUUGAAAUGUGGUAAUAAAUAUGUCUCCUCAUC